UCGUUCAACAUAACCUUGACAUAACCUUCAACGUUCAGAUUGUUUUAAAGCGGCAACUACUCUGCGAUAAAUUAAUUUUUCUCAUCAGAAGAUCAGGCGACAUCUUUCAUCAAGAUCAAGAAAAUCAAGAGCAUUUUACUAGAUUUAUUUGUAUGCAGCAUAGAGUUAUGUUGGAUCCAACAGUAACGUUAACUGUCUUUUAAAUUUGAAAAUUUUUGUUCUACAUAAAAUUAAAGAAAGAAUCAGAAUAUACACCAGCUAGUGAUACUUAAAAAUAUGGGGAAAUAGAAACGUAAAUACGUCUUGAAAUUAUAAAUUUAUUUAUUAAUUAUAAUUGUGAGACCACCUCACCCCUUUCGACCUUAUGGGGCCCUCCGAAAAGACCCAGCAGGUGUUCCACGAUUUACAAAACUGAAGUUAUUUUGCAUUUAAAAUGAAAUAGGAAGUCAUCAGACAUGGCGCAAAGGUUUCCUGUACCAAAUGCAGGGAAUAAUGGCCCACCUCAGCAGAGGUACACAGCAUCGUCUGUACCUCCAAACUUACGACAGUAUUCUGGUCCAAAUUUUUCUAUGCAACAGAGAUCCGGAUUCACUCCACCUCCACAGAUGGCUAAUGCUGGACCUGGCCCAGCAAGCAUAAUCAGAGCAACUCAACCAUAUUCCAAUAUGCGUCAGGGUCCAAUGCCCACACCGCCUGUGGGGAAGAGAAGUGCAGAUCAACGUAUACCUAUGUCCCAACAGAAGCCGUAUUUUUGGAACAGUGAUUUUUCACAUUCCACUUCCAAGAAGAAGAAAAAGCUAGCGGAUAAAAUACUGCCGCAGAAAGUGCGUGAUUUAGUGCCUGAGUCACAAGCUUACAUGGAUUUGCUAGCUUUCGAGAGGAAGUUAGAUGCGACCAUAAUGCGAAAACGAUUAGAUAUACAGGAGGCACUGAAACGUCCUAUGAAACAGAAGAGAAAGCUGCGAAUAUUUAUUUCGAAUACAUUUUAUCCCGCGAAGGAGGCUGGUGAGGGGGAGGACGGUUCAGUAGCAUCUUGGGAACUUAGAGUAGAAGGUCGACUCCUAGACGAUACGAAGAAUGAUCCUAAUAAAGUAAAAAGGAAGUUCUCUUCGUUCUUUAAAAGCUUAGUUAUAGAAUUGGAUAAAGAUCUGUAUGGACCUGAUAACCACUUGGUUGAAUGGCAUCGUACAUUAACAACACAAGAGACUGAUGGUUUCCAAGUGAAAAGACCUGGAGACAAAAAUGUUCGGUGCACUAUACUUCUGCUUCUCGAUUAUCAACCUUUACAAUUCAAACUGGAUCCCAGAUUAGCACGAUUGUUAGGUGUACAUACACAGACGAGACCUGUUAUCAUUUCCGCCCUCUGGCAGUACAUAAAAACGCAUAAGCUCCAAGACAGUCACGAGAGAGAAUUCAUAAACUGUGAUAAGUACUUAGAACAGAUAUUUGCUUGUUCGCGGAUGAAGUUCGCAGAGAUACCUCAGCGACUGAACCCACUGCUUCAUCCACCAGAUCCAAUUGUAAUUAAUCAUGUUAUCAGCGUAGAAGGUACAGAAACAAAACAAACUGCGUGUUACGACAUAGACGUAGAAGUGGACGACACAUUGAAAACCCAAAUGAACAACUUCUUGCUGUCGACUGCGAGUCAACAGGAGAUUCAAAGUUUAGAUAAUAAGAUUCACGAAACGGUGGAGACCAUCAAUCAGUUAAAAACAAACCGAGAGUUUUUCUUGAGUUUUGCCAAAGACCCUCAGCAGUUCAUCAACAAGUGGAUCAUUUCACAGACUAGGGACUUGAAGACCAUGAUAGAUGUCGUUGGAAAUCCUGAGGAGGAACGUAGAGCGGAAUUCUACUAUCAACCUUGGGCACAGGAAGCCGUUUGUCGGUACUUCUACACGAAAGUGCAACAGAAACGUGCGGAAUUGGAGCAGGCGCUUGGCAUCAGGAACUCAUAAACACAAUCCGAAGUACAGUAACAAUUUGAAACAUUACUAUGUAAAGUAUUUAUAUGAAUCUUUUUUCCUUUAAUUUCAAUGGGCGACACUAGGAUGACGUAUUUUCAUGAAAUGUCAGAAAGAGAAGCUGUAUAGUCUUACAAAACGCAGAAACUGUCCCGAGUAACAAUGACUCCUCCAAAACAGUUUUAUUUACACGACACAUAUAUCAAGUAUCUUUAUUCAAGUCCAUUUUUUUCAUAAAUCUUUUCUAUGAAAAAAGAGGGUAAA